CUCUAAUUGGGACUCCGAAUCGCGGCUAUGUCUGGUGUUGGCGUGGCUCCAAGGAGGCCCAGACUCACUCUGUGCUGCCCCACACAUAGAGAAGCAGAAUGAGCGAGUUGGUCCUAAAGUCCAGCCAGCCCCUGUCCUCCAAGCAGGAAAAGGAUGGGACUGAGAAGCAAGGCCAGGGCAGGCCUUCGAAGGAGCCCAGUGAAGUGCCAACUCCGAAGAGACCUCGGGACCGACUAAAGGGAAGCAAGAAUAAGGGGGCAGCCAAGACGCAGAAAGUUACCACAACUCAGGAGAGGAAACCAAGGGGCAGACCCAAGAAACUGGAGGAGGAAGAGGAGGGCAUCUCCCAGGAGUCCUCGGAGGAGGAGCAGUGACCCCUUGCAGUGGCACCUGCUCCUUGGCCAUUGAGGAGCAGCCUUCCUCUGGGACUGGAAGCCCUGCUCCCAAGGCCCCACCUCGCCCCCACUGCAUGCUACUGCACCAGGCCCCAGCUGCAGGCUCUGCAGCACCCACGGGAGCAGGAUAUUGUGCCCUCCU